GAAAUUAUAGAGAGAGAUAAAGCUAUACAAUUUGUUAUGUUGUGCCUCAUUUCAACAAAGCUAUUGCUAUAUGUAGUUUGUUUUAAUUCGGUUUAUCAAAGUGACAUUAACAUGUAAAUAGAGGGAAGAUUACGAUGGAAAAUCGCAAUUUUCUAUUAAUAUUUCCUUUUAAGUGGCACUAAAUAUAGUAUUUUUGUGUUACAAAAUGUCUGUUAAUUCUCUAGUAAAUUCCGUGCGGAGUUAUCUGGCUUCCCAACAUAUGCUGGUCGACGACGAAUGGCUAUCGGGGUGUGUAGAAUAUUUAACAGAAGAUAGCAGCAAUAGUUACAGUGAAACAGAGAUAAAAUCUUUGGCCAGAGAACAAUGGUUGCUGAAUGAUUUGAAAGACAUAUGUCCAGGUUCUUUGCCAGGAAAUUUAAAAAAUAUGCAAAAGACCAGGCUGGAUGGACGGUUCACACUUCAAAUUAAUGCUGCUAUUGAUAUAGGUACCCCAGCAUACCAGCAAUAUUUGAAACUGCAAAAAGUGAACACAGAGAACAUUGAGGUCACUACCAACUAUGAUGAUAAAAUUCCAAGCCACAGGAUGAUAAAACUGUACUUGACAGAUGGAGUGCAGGAGGUGACAGCUAUUGAGUACAAACCUAUGAGGAACUUGAGUUGCGACAUCACUCCUGGGUGUAAAGCUCUUAUUAAAGGUCCCCUGGAAUGCCGUCGGGGAAUGCUGCUCCUCACAGAGGGCAACAUCGAACUGCUGGGCGGCGAGGUGCAGGAGAUAGCCGUCUCCAACUGCCUGGCUGGUCUGCUUUCCACCAAACUUGGGCUGCCAAUGACGCAAGACCCGGGAGACCACAACACGACCAUAAUCCAACGUAACACAAACUUACCAACACCACACACACAGAUGCCACCGCGAAUGGAAAAUACUCCUCAUUUCGAAGACUCCUCUACAACCAGACCCGUUGCAAGGGUUACUCCUAGCAGUACUAACAUCCAAACUACUUCCACCAACGGAUUCGCUGAAGACGACAUAGACAUAGACCAAAUAGCAGCCAUAGAGGCGCAAUUCGACAACUCUGGCAAAAGACCGUCCUCAGAAAAGUCCUCGAAACCCGAAAAGAAAAUCAAAAUGGACACUGUUAACACGACAGAUGACUAUCCAAACGAUGAUGAUUUAUUUGAUGAAGAUGAAGAAUAUUUAAGAGAAAUGGAAGCUAAUUUCGAUGCUGCUGAAGGAGCUGCUAAAAUCUCGUCAAAAUCAAAAGUUGAGCCUAAAUUUCCUAUUAACAUAUCAGCAGAACCAUUUGUAUAUAUAAAACAGAUUAAUGAACUGAGCAAUGAAGAUAAAACUGGUAGAGUAUUCAAAGUAAAAGGUCAAAUAAUCAAAUUACUAUCAAAGUUAUCAGUUGGGAAAGACGGGUGGAGUUUAAGAUGUACACUAGUGGAUGGUACGGGGACUAUAGAUGUAGAGUUCACAAGCAAUGUGCUAUCGAAAUUGGUCGGGUAUACUCCGCAAGAGAUGAACCAGUUGAAGAAACAAAUGAUGACAAAACCUGAGUUGAAGGAAAAGGCUGUUUCGGCAUUACAGAAAGCAAGGGACACUCUACAAGUACUAUAUUGCAUUAUAGAGCUCACAAUAUUAGAAGUGCCAAAAAUAACAUGUCUCAUACCAUUCGAGGGCAUACACGUAAACAUGUUACAGAAGAGAAUACAGGGUAGCGGAUUAUAGCAUUUUUUUUUUAUUAAAUUCAAUAAAUUAUUGAAAUAAUUAUUUUCCUAAAUUGUAAUGAGGGAGUUUCCAGACUACGUUCUCGCUAGAUGGCGUUAAAAGGGUUGUUUAAAAAAUUCAGCUGUAACUUGGAUGUGUGUUCCAUGAAUUUUAUGCCUGACAUUCACCUGUCCCUUUCCUUUUCGCCGGAUUAAAAAAUGACAGAUAUAAAUUAAAAUAAUUGGGUGACCGUAGGAAACAGCACCAAGUUUGUAAAUACAGUGUGUUAGUGACAUCGUAACGAAUACUCUGGGGGAUGAUUCAGACCAAGAUUCUGAGUUAAUAUCAAGUGGAAUUAUCCGUCGCAAAAUUCAUGAUUUUUUAUUAGUUUUAUAAAUUAUUUUCAAUUCUAUACUUUUGCGAUGGAAAAUUCCACUUGAUAAUAAUUCAAAAUAAUCAGCUGAAUCAUCCCCCUUAGUAUUCCUUACGAUGUCACUUACACCCCGUACAAGUACAUACGGUAGCCAUACAAGUAGGCAUGGGUGUUAGUGACACCGUAACGAAUACUGAGGGGUAUGAAUCAGACCAUGAUUCUGAGUUGAUAUCAAGUGGAAUAUCCUGUUGGAAAAUUCUUGAAAGUUUGUGUUUUUUUUUCCGUUCUAUAAUUUUGCGACGGAAAAAUCCACUUGAUAUCAACUCUGAAUCAUGGUCUGAAUCAUCCCCCUCAGUAUUCGUUACGAUGUCACUAACGCCCUGUAUAAUUCCAACAAGUUCCAGCUAUGUAUGUUUUUUAUACAAGUAAAUGAAAUUGAAAUGUA